AUGACGGAUUCUGUUGUCGUGGAGGGAUACGCCAGACUCAGAGAUGGAAAAAAGUGGAAAACUAGGUGGCUCGUCCUUCGCAAGCCGUCGCCUGUAGCAGACUGCCUUGUGCUGCUGGUUUUUAAAGACAAGUCCGACAAAGCCCAAGGCAACAAGGAAAGGGCCAGUGUCACCUUGGAGGAGAUUUGCGGCCUGGAAACGGGACAGUGGUAUGAGGGUGUGGCUUUUACUCUGGCCAUCCUCUGCCUGAACCAGACUGCUCUACUGGGCUUCGACAGCAAGGAGGCCCUGCAGGCGUGGGAUGCCCGCCUGCGAUACAGCCUCGGAGAAGUUCACAGAUUCAGUGUCGGAGUCUUACCAGGGACCAAGUUGGAGAUUGGACCUGCCACUCUUCAUUUGUGCAACAACUUACUGGCUCUUGCCCGUGAUGUCCCCCCUGUUAUCAUUGGCCACUGGAACCUUCCAGACCUGCGCAGAUAUGGACCUGUACCAAACGGCUUUGUGUUUGAGGGAGGAACAAGAUGUGGUUACUGGGCUGGUGUUUUUCUGCUUGCAUCUGCUGAGAGCGAGCAGAUCAGCUUUCUAUUCGACUGUAUCGUCAGAGGCAUCUCCCCCACCAGAGGCCCUUUUGGACUGCGGCCAGUUUUGCCAGAUCCGAGUGCCAGUCAGGCUACUACGGAGGAGAGAUUGAACCACGAAGCACAGGAGCUGGAGAAACGACUGAGCAUGCUCUCUCACAGGAGCAGUACAGUCUCAUCCACCUACUGCCCGUCUGCCGGGGGAGAUGACCGCAGCAUAUCUGGUUCCUCCGACGCCUCUGACACCAGCCAAUCAGACUGCAGUAUUGGCAGCCGGCUGGCCAUUUGGACUGAACCGGCCUCCACCCCAUCUGACAACCUCAGCCACGUGGGCGCUAAAGUGGCACUACAGAGCGUCGAGAAGCUCUCCAUCAACCAGGGAGGCGGAAACCGGCCUGUAGCCAAGGCGCCCCGGCAGCUACAGGAAAUUGGCCGUCAGAGUUCAUCCGACAGCGGCAUUGCCACCGGCAGCCAUUCCUCUUACUCUGGAAGUUUCUCCUCCUACACAGGGAGCCUGGAUAUUACCCCCGGAGAGGAAUUUGGGUCUGUUUUCAGCUUGCCCCCACACUUGGCUCAAGAAUUGAGCCCUUGUACUUGCACCUCUGUUUCAGGACAUGAGUACCAGGUGCCGACAUCAGUUAGAUAUCUGUAUGACACUCCCAAGAGUCUGUUACAGGAGGGAAGUGGGGGUGCCAAAGACAAUGAACCCUCCACAUUAACUAAGAGCACCCCUGCUCCUUUAGAGUCUUUGAAGGGGGAUAAAAGUAGUGCCAUGACUUGUGAGGGUCACUUAGAAACUCAUGAAAGACAGUCUAUGAGUGAACACUUACAAGGCCCCUCAGAGGAGAGCAAGAAAACCAAGGUGGCGCCCUCUAGGGACAUCGUUUACCCCUGCAAGUGGUUCAACGAUACCUGCCAUACCAGUGCGGGUAGAGAGCCAGAGGCAAAGUCUAACUCACUGAACUUGUAUGAGUCAAUGAGCCCUGCAUUUGGAAAUGAGCUCAAAUCGGCACCAACUGCCACACGAUUACAAGAUUCCCAGCAAGACAAAAGAGCUGUCAUUUAUGAAAACUGUUUAAAGUGUCUAAGAGAGCACUGCCACCCUCCUCCACGGGUUCCACCUGUUGAAAUGUACCGCAACAGAAACAUUUCCACCAACGUAACUGAGCUGCACCAGAAGACAAGUCAACAACAUGAAGGCGCUGCUAAUGAGGAGCUGCGAUAUCAAGCUCACGGUCAUGGAUCACAGAGCGUGGACGGGCCGUGUCAGUAUGAGGAGAUGAAUGGUCAGACAGUGACCAGUGAAGACAAAAGGCUUAAUAGUAAAGAGGAAAGACGCAGAGUUGAUCCUGCUUAUGAGAUCAUGGAGAGUCGGGCACCGGAGAGAAACUCAGAGGCAGAAGAGAAAAGCAAGUAUGAGCUAAUGGUCAACUGUGGUCAGCAGAGGUUCUUUCAAGAGACUGAGGGAGCAGUGUUCGUUUUCCCCCCAGAGGCACCUACACUUCCUGAAAGGCCUCGCGGCGAUGGUGUGACAUACGUAAAUAUUCCUGUUAGUCCCACAUCCAAGAAGCAGCUCAACUACAUGGAGCUGGAGCCAGGCACACGAGGGACUGUUGCACAUCUGCAGGCACAGAGGAAGAGCUCUACUAAAUACGCCCAGAUUGACAUCACUGCCACAGAGACGGCCCACAAAGUCGGUACACAGCAUGCGCUGGGUCGGCAGGAGGGCCUCCACACUCUGGAGCUGAGAAGAAAGGGGACGCCGCAUUGA